CCCGCGAGCCCCAUUCUAUUGAUUGUACCGUAGUCGCAGGGGCCCCGCGACUCGAUGCAUCGGGCAGGGGGCUGCUGGAACAGACUCGACUAGCUCCCCGUCCUUGCCCCUUUGAUGAUGCGAGCAGGCAUCUCCUCCCCCCUUUUUAUCCACGGCAUGAACGAGCAAACUACAUGUCAAACACCGAUCCCCGAUCACGAUCCAGGAUCCCGCCCGCACUCUUUAACAACUCCUUCAUCAUCAUCAUCAUCAUCAUCAUCAUCACCACAUUAAACAUACUUUCCGCUCCCCAGGCCAAGUCCAGCCCAGCCCUAGCCCGACCCAACCCAACCAACCAACCAAUCCCGCCAUCACCACCACCACCACUACCACCGCCUCCUCCAUCCCAUCCCCCGCCGCCUGCGACGCGCACCGUUUCAUCGCGACGCCUCUCGCACCUCCCACCCCACCCCAUCCCAUACAUACCACACGCCACUGCCCGACCCAACACAAAACCCAACUUACACAACCCUCUCCUCCACAACCCUUCCCACCACCAACUCCCCUCUCACCAUCACAGCCACCAUCACACACCUGCACACAAACCAUUCCCACCCCACUCCAUCCAUUCAAACAUACAUACAAUACAAGCACAAUAACACAAAGCGUAUGUAUGUACCCAACCCAAUUACCCCUCUCCGCCCCAGACUGUCUCAGCCCCCACCGACGCCCGUCUCACCUGGCCCUGGCGUGAAGAUUCGUCGUCACUCUUCAGGCGGGCGAGCACGGCAAGCAAGUAGGUAAGCUAGCAAGCAAGGACGACAAGCUAUUUCAGGCAGCACGCGUGCUAUGGCAUUGAUGCCGGCAAGAUGAGCCAAAGACGUCGGUUACGUUAUGCGCUGCCCUGCUGCGGUGUGG